UUUUGUUCUUAUUCUCUUUUUUGUCUUUUUUAUUCCUUUUUUUUUUUUUUAAUACUAAUCUUUCCUGGUCUCCGUCACGUCUGGGUUUUUCACACUCGUUGCCACUUCACAUCCACUCGCUUUGCUCGCUUGGUCGCAAAGCGAUCCUUUUGGCCCUUCCUAUCUAAUUCCUUAUUGCCCUUCUCCAGAUAUUUCAUCAUAUCAUGUCUGCUGCGGUUGCGCCGAGGGUGUCGACUCGCAUAUCGAAUAAUACAGACGCUCGUAAUCCUUCCCCCAUGGACUCGAAAAAGAACGAUUCUGAAGACUCUCAGGCAUCUUCAGAAUCCAAAGACAUCAAGCCUGAUGUAGACUCGCAAACAUCGCUGGCGCCCCCUCCUCGACCCGCCAUCACCACUGCUGCCGCUGAUACUCCGGAUUACUUCAACUCUGUCCACAACCCUUUCUCUCUGGAGCCCAAUCCCUUUGAACAAUCCUUUAGUGGCGGCGGCGGUGGUUCUUCUGGCGAGACACCGGGAAAGUCGCUGCUUCCUCCUGUCGCUGCUCUUACCUCCCCUGCUAUCCCCGGUGCAACCUCUGCUGGUGGCUACAAUUGGACCAACUCGUUGCGCUCCGGGCCGCUGAGUCCCGCCAUGCUUCCCGGGCCUACUGGAUCCAGUGAUUACUUUGACAGCAUUGGAAGAGGCUUUCCUACUCCCAACGAAUCCUCCUUGCGCACUGGUCUGACGCCGGGUGGGGGUGGUUCUAUGUUUCCCGCCCCAAGCCCCAACUCCCAGGCGAUUAUUCAGCAGCUGCAGAGUGGCGGUGCAACUCCCUCGACCAUCGAGUUCCACCGUACAGCUUUGAACGCUGCGAAGAAGCAUUCUCUGAAUGGCCCUACCUCAAACCCGACUACAGAGCCUGAACAACAGGGUUCCCAGACCACAACCAUGGAUUCCAAGGGUAGCCAGCCUGCUGCUGUCGACCCCUUUACUCAUCAUGAUGCUGCCGACGCGGCCAACGGGCUGUUUAUGUUGGCCAAGGGUGGCCAGCAAAACUCGAACCAAUUUGCCGCUUCGAAUCAGCCACAAGCGCAACAGUCUCAGAACAAUGACCAGUCUCGUAAUUCUGCAGCCAGGCGAUCGUCAGGGAAUGGCAAUGGCGCGAAUGGUGGCAGGGAAAUGAGCGGCGAUGCUUCGGAUAUGCAGGACUCCAAGCCUGCUGCCAAAGGCAAAGGCAAGAAGAAUGCUGCCGCGAAAGGUGCAAAUGCACCCAACAACCGACGUAAAGCGGAUGAUGCUCCUGCCAAGGGUCCUAACAAGAAGGCCAAGGCCAAUAACGGAGGCAUGAGCAUGGAGCCUCCUUCUGAACCGGGAGAAUCUGACGAUGAUGAUGACGAAUUGAAGGGGUCCCAAAUGGAUCCCAAGAAAAUGACUGAUGAAGAAAAGAGAAAGAAUUUCCUGGAAAGAAAUCGUGUCGCCGCCCUGAAAUGUCGACAACGGAAGAAGCAAUGGCUUGCCAACUUGCAAGCCAAGGUUGAGCUUUUCACUACCGAGAAUGACGCACUCACAGCCACUGUCACCCAACUGCGCGAAGAGAUUGUCAACCUCAAGACCCUUUUGCUCGCCCACAAGGAUUGCCCUGUCUCCCAAGCUCAGGGUCUUGGUCCUCUUAUGAUGAACGGAAUGCCAACCGGAUUUGAUCCCCACCCUUACAAUAUCCCAGGCAACAUGGGCAUGCAACCCGGUGGACCUAUCCCCGCACAAGCUAUGCGACGAUAGUUGAGCAAGUCUCGAUCAGACCACGGCUUAAUACACGCUGGGCCAUGGCUGAAACGUUUUCCUACUUUUAUACCUCUUUUAUUUUUUCAAGAUACAGCUUUUGCUUCGCGGCGUGCAGGGUUAGUCUGCAUAGUUCCGGGACGGUCUUAUACCCGGGCUUCAAUUUCUUUCCAGUCAUUUUCAGCUGCGACUCUCACACGGACCUCUGGCAUGGAUAGGUGUUAAUGAUGUAUACGAAUUCAAAAAUCGGUCGGGUUGAAUCAAGAUGUUGUGUCAUGGGUCGGAUAUUGUUAAGUCACCCAAGGGCGUGUAAAUUUGUUUGGCGCACAAGAUUUCUGGCUGUUUUACUCUUUUCUCCCGUGUGUUUUUCUCUUCCUUUCAAAUCCCCGUCCCCGCGUGGCCAUUGUGCUCUUUUUUUCUGUUCUUCUAGGGCUUGGGUUAUGUAGUAUUGUGUAUCUUUUGUCUUUUCAUUCUCCCUGGCUG